AUGCUCGACGUCGCCAUCGUGGGCGGCGGGAUCGCCGGCCUCACGGCGGCAAUCUCUCUCCGCCGCGCGGGACACCGCGUCACCAUCUACGAGAAGUCGGCCCUGAACAACGAGAUCGGCGCCGCCAUCAACGUCCAGACCAACGCGUCCCGCCCGCUCGUCGCGCUCGGCAUGGACCCCGCGCGGGCCAGGUUCGUCCCGGCCAGGGGCAGCAAACGGCUGCGGGGGGAUACUUUGGAGCUGGUGCAUGAGCUUGAGCUUGGGGCGAUUGCCGACAAGUACGGGUCGCCGUGGUACUUUGCUCAUCGUGUCGACUUGCAUCAGGAGUUGAAGCGCAUGGCGACGGAGGCGGAUGGUGGGAUGCCAUUAGUCAUUAAGUUGAGGAGCGAGGUUGUCAGCUACGAUACGGAUUCUGCUUCGAUAACGCUCAGUGACGGGACAGUCGUCACACCGGAUCUGGUAGUUGUCGCGGACGGUAUUCACAGCGCCGGAGUCGAAGCUGUCUUGGGGUCGCCGAAUCCUGCUUUCCCGGCCGGGCAGGACAACUUUUGCUACCGCUUUCUGCUUCCCAUGGAGGAAGUCCUGGCCGAUCCUAUCACGGCCGACCUGUUCGACAACGCAAGCGGGAGUGUCAGGAUGUUCCUCGGGGACGGCAAGCGGAUAGUGACAUAUCCCUGCCGAGACGGGGAGGUGCUCAACUGCAUUGGCAUCUUCCAUAACGAGGUUGGAGCGUCUACGAAAGAAGACUGGCAUAACUCCGUCGACAAGUCACAUUUACUGGAGAGAUUUAGCGGCUUCCACCACAGCGUUCUUGCGCUUCUAGAGAAAGCAAGCGAGGUCAAGCAAUGGCCGUUGCUUUACAGAGCCCCGAUUCCAACAUGGCGAAAGGGCAGGACCAUUCUCAUCGGAGACGCUGCUCAUCCCAUGCUUCCACAUCAAGGACAGGGAGGUGCGCAGGCCAUCGAGGAUGGCGUCGCACUUGGAAUAUGUCUCUUGAACGCCGAAUCAUCGGCAGCUGUGCCCGAAAGACUUGAGAUUUUCGAGAAUAUUCGCAGGAACAGAGCUAGCGCCGUAACGAUAUUCAGUAACGCCGCGCAAGACGAGGCGGAGAAGAUCAAGGAGGCAGCUUCAGAAUUUGUUCAGCCUGUUGAGAAGAUUCCUACCAAGCCGGAAGAGUUCUACGACUUCCACUUUGAUUACGAUAUCAUCGAGGACUCACUACGGCACAUGCAGGAUGUCUACCCAGGAACCCGAUUGCCGGAGCACUUCACCGUACAGCCGACUACCAGUAAACCCUCCUUGUAG